GUGAGGGAAUCUCAUCACCCAUCUGUCCACGCCGUUAUAGAAGGACUGAAGGACAUGUCUCUCCGCCGGAUUCUCGCGCUCCUGCUCUUCCUCGCGUGUGUCUCACAGUUCAUCUUCACUGCUGACUGCACUAGAGGAGCUAGGAGGAAAGGAAGGAGGCAGGAAAGCAGAGGUGAUAAUAACAUUAACGUGAUGAAAGGAAAGUUCACAAUCAAUGGCAAGACGCAGCAGUGCACGUGGGUGGCGCGCGGAGAGGACAAGUACACCAUGAACGUUACAUGCAAGCCUGGAAGCGGGGACGGAUUCACUUGUAAAUACACCGCCAAACCGGCGACGUGCGCCGAAUAUUCAGCUAAUCCAGAGGGCUACUGGAAACAGAUCGCCAGAUCUCUGAAAAAGCAGAAGAAACUUUGCGUGGAUCCGCGCGCACUGAUCCGGGCGGGCAUGUGUAAGCACGCGCCCCUGGACGCGCAUUUCAAACUCACAGACACGUCACAAAAGAAACCCCCAACGACAGAGAAAAGCCCCACAGCCACGAACACAGCGCCUCCGGACACUGAACACGGGUGCACAGAGCGCAUCGAUCACCGCGAGCUCGCCAAAGAGAAGUGCGGAGAUUCCUGGGCGAGUCUGUGCGCGUUUCUCUUCACUGUAAUCCAGAGUGGAGACUGCUGAGCUUUCACUUUUUUGUUACGUUGUUUUACUUUUCUUCUGAUAGACUUUCAAGACUGCGUUUUAUGUUGUAAACAGAAAUGCACUGUACUGAUUGUUGGUCACGUGGGUCAGUAGCCCACCACGUUUACCUUUUACACUGACUUGGGACGUUGCUAGACUCCUUUAAGUAAGAACAUGAUGUCUCCCAGUAAAAGAUUUGAGUUACAGGGUUGAUUUCUGUUAGAAAUCAUUCUAAGGCUGAUAUUGCAGACAAUUUGCUCAAUGAAAAGAAGUAGUAGAUGAUUAAAAAAAACGUUAGUUAGAAAUAUUAAGUCAUCACUCAUCAAAGGAAAAAAGGUGAUACGAGUAAUGGGGGGCCUGUGUGCCCCAGUAGAACUUUACUGUAUGUCUAGCAACACCCCUGGCACAUACCAUAGCGAAUAAAUUUAAUCCAAGCAAGUUUAUUGAAUCCAGAAACCAUUUUAACGUUGAUUUUUUUAAUGUAAAGGGAAAAUAGUGCUGUGUAUUUAUGUUAUGUUUGAUAUUAAAUGUUGUUAUUUAUUUAUUAAUAGAGCAUUUUAGGGGAUUUGACAAAGGUUUAGAUUUAAGAUUUUUUUUAGUUGUCAAGAGUUUAAAGAGAUUAUUGUGCCAUAUUUUUGCUGGUGUUCAUAAUUAUUAAAAAUCAACCAUUUUGUAAAAUUUGAUUUACAUUUCAACAGAGUGCAAAGUGGUCCUUUUAUGAUUUGCUCUAACAGCCAACUGUGUAAAUAUGUCAGUUACUUCUCUUUAUAACAAUAAUAAUAAAAUUAUAAUAAUUAUAAUAAUCAUAAAAUACGCUGAUCUUCAACUUGUACUCAUACCUAAAUGUUACUUUCUUUUAGCAAAUGUACACCAUGUUCUUCAUUCUACUGUAAAAGUACGAUACACCCACUAUUUUGCUUUG